GUAACUACACCUAGGGCUGGUUGGCAACAACUGGACUGUGAAUGGUCAGGAAACUGCAGAGGGAAGUGAUGCAUCAGGGACUGAAUCAGGAUAGAUGGAAAGCUGAACUGACGGUGGCUCUGCAGACAGGGCGGAGUUAAGCAGUGCAGAGUUCAGCGGUGUCAUCACGGCAAACGCAAAAGCUGACGCUUACUAAAUUUGACAGUGGCUCAGAGGUACGACUCACGCUGGAGGAGAAAAGUCAAGAGCCAGCAAAGUACUUGCAAAAGAUACAGAAGAAAGAAUCAAUGUGGAGGCCAGUUGACUGCUGCACUGGAGAAGUACCUUAUUCUGCUACUCUGGAAGCUGAGGAUUUUGUUAAUCUGGAAAACCCAUCAAUCAUGAAUUCCUGUGACAUCUGUAACUCCAAUCAUACAUUGUCCCAGUAUUAUGAACACACAACAGUGAUGCAUCACACUGGCCUUAAUGCAGAAUCAGAGAGUGAACUGUCUUUUUACAUAGAUACAUUGAUUGAUCAAUUUGUUGAGGAGGGGACUUCAGAUGAUAACUUGACAUUUGAUGAUGACCUAUCAUUUGAGGACAGUGUAGAGCUAAACAUAGAGGAGGGAACAGGACUCAAAAACUCAACAAACACUGGAGAUAGUUUACUUUACAAAAAUGCACCAAUUUCUGUUGCAGAGAGCCUUCUACUCAUAAUGACAUUUGCAAACAGACACAAAAUAACAGGAAAAGCGCUAAGUGACUUGCUCACACUAAUCACUCUGCACUGCCCCUCUGACAUCCAGACCGAAUGUCUUCAGAAUUUACAGAAAUUCAAACAAUUUUUUGAUAACUCCUCUUCCUCUUCUCUACUUUUGCACAAAUAUUGCAGUGCAUGCCUUAUGUCUGUUGAGCGUACAGACACCCACUGUAAAUCCUGUGAAGCAAAUGUGUUGAUCGAGGGCUCAACUUCCUAUUUCAUUGAGGUUCCUAUUGAAGCACAGUUGAAGUCAUUGUUUGCUAAGGAAGGUUUUGAGGAAAAACUAAAGUUCAGGUUUAAUAGACAGAAAACGUGUCAUGACAGUAUCGAGGAAAUAUACGAUGGAGAAGUUUAUCAGAAAUUAACAACUUGCAAUGGGCCUCUCAGUGAUCCGAGAAACAUUUCUUUAACUUGGAACACAGAUGGCAUACCCAUUUUCAAGUCUUCAAAGUUUUCUGUUUGGCCUUUUUAUUGUGUCAUAAAUGAGUUAAGUUUUGUUCAACGCACAAAACGUGAAAACAUGAUAUUUGCAGGUCUUUGGUUUGGGGACUCAAAGCCAUCAAUGUUGACAUUCCUUGAACCACUGUGUGACACUUUGAACAAAAUUGAAAGAGAUGGAAUUUCUGUUCAGUUUGCAGGAGCUCAAGAACCUUUUAUAUGCAGAGUUUUUACCAUUGCUGGAACAUGUGAUUUACCAGCAAAAGCAUUAGUCCUUAAUUCUGUUCAGUUCAAUGGACAGUUUGGGUGUCUGAAGUGUGAACAGCCUGGUCAAACAGUAAAGACAGGAGAGAGAGGUCAUGUCCAUGCCUUUCUUUUUCAGGAGGCAGAUUCAAAAGGCCCCCCUCGUAGCCACAAGGGGUUUGUAGAUAAUGCUAAGUUGGCCUAUGAUUCCAAAAGCAUUGUACAUGGGGUGAAAGGCCCUACCUGUCUCAGCAGACUAAAAAACUAUGAUUUGGUCUUGGGUACCGGCAUAGACUACAUGCACUCUGUACUACUGGGGGUCAUGCGUCUGUUGAUGUUUUUGUGGUUUUCCACAGAGUUUUCCCGAUGCGCUUUUAGUAUGGUCAGGUCAAUCAGUGAAGUAGACAAACGGAUGAAAGAAAUACAGCCACCAUUUUUUAUUAGAUUCCCUCGCUCUGUGGCUUCUCACAGAAUGUUCUUUAAAGCGUCUGAGUAUCGGUCCAUUUUAUUGUUUUUUGGGCCAGUUGUAUUCCGGGGCAUCCUUGCAGGCCUAUACUAUAACCACUUCCUGCUCCUUAGUGAGGCUAUUUUCAUUCUUCUGAUGGAGUCAAUAACGCCUGCACAAAUAGAUCAUGCUGAAAAACUUCUCUGGAAUUUCUGUUCUCAAAUGAGUGGCCUUUAUGGUGAACGAUACAUGACAGUCAAUAUGCACUUGCUUGUUCAUCUAGCAGAUAGUGUAAGAAGUCUUGGACCUCUGUGGACACACUCUUGCUUUCACUUUGAAGACAAAAAUGGGCACUUACUUCGUCUUAUACAUGGGACCCAAAAUAUACCUGUCCAAAUGGUGAAUGCUGUAAAGAUUAUACAGUGUCUCCCUAGCAUCACACAAAACAUAAAGCUGAACACUGCAGCCUCCGAGUUCUUGGCCAGAAUGACAAGUGACAGUAGUUAUCAAGCAAGUAAUGUUGUCAGCACUGUGGCAAUGAUUGGGUCAUCAUUGAGUCUAUGUCUUGAAGCUGAUGAUAAGUCUCUUGUGGAACAGUUUCUUGGUCAGAGAUUACAUAAUAAUGUUGUGAAGGCAUAUAACAGAGCUCAAAUAGGGAAAACUGUUUACACUUCAAAGCAGUAUGUCAAAGCUAAACGAAGGAACAAUUAUACAGUGUUAUUUUGUGAUGGGAUGCAGAUCAAAUAUGGCCAGAUUGAGUUACUGUGCCCUUACAAAGAAACCAGUGAAUGUCAAAAUGAGACCAAAUUUGCAUUUGUGAAUGAAUUCUCAGUUGCAGGCAUAAAUCUUCUACAGGAUUCUCUGACAGAUGGGACAUGUUUUCACAUUGUGAGCUUACUAGAAGUUCCAGUAAAAAGGACAGUAGUUGCACUUCAAAUAUUUUGGGAAAGUUGAUGUUUAUUGAUUUGUCCUCAAUGCCUGGUAUUGUGUUUGUUGCACGUUUCCCCAACAGACUUGAAAGGGACUGAACAUAAGUCAAAGAAGAGGUCAUAUUCUGAACAGAAGAGCCCAUGAUUUUUACAACUAGUUAACAUUUCUUAUGGAAAAUUAGAAGUCUAAGUUGAUGGACAGAUAUUACAUAGUUUGUAUUGUGAUGCCAUACCGAAACAAAUACUAGUGAUCUCACAGUGGUCUUUUCAUAUGGGCAUAUCUAUUGUCACACUAAAAGGUCACUUUUGGGCCCUGCUUAAGAUAAAAACAUCUGAAUAUACUACACUUACCUACACCAGUUAUGAGUCUGUUCUGUGAUUUUGGCAGUUUUGCUUUGAUACAGCUAAAAUGCUGUCUUGUCCUUGUCUAAAUGGCUGCAUUACAUUAAAGUGAUCAUUUUAUAAACUUGAAAGACACUUGGAGCUGAGUGAUAUUAAUGAUAUACUCUAACUGGUUAUCCUCGUUACUAAUAAGCAGUUUUCCAUGUGUAUGUCCUAUUUAAGAGCAAGUAAUAGAUUAUUACUUAAAUUAUUAAAGUUAGAUUAUUGAUGUUGAAAUAUCCUGUGAAAAUAUUGUUAUAUUUGUUUUUGUCUGCAUUAUGUAACCCCAAUUCUCACCAUGUAAAUAUCAAAACAUCUGUCUAAAAUGUCUUGGAGCUUUGUUUUUGUC